AUGAACAAAAUCAAUAUUUCAUUUCAAUCUGGCGUGUUCAAAGAAAUAAUUGCUGUAAGAAAUGAGAAAAUUUCAUUAAAAGAGCUUCGUGACUUAGCGACAAAAUUCAUCCAAAAAAUUCACUCAAAGUGUGGUUUUAACAAUGUGUUAUCCGAACAUUUGUUGCUAUACAUCCAUGAUAUCAAUACUGCCAAUAUUCUGCGGUUGAUCACUACAAAUGAUAAUAUUUACGAUGGAAUGCUAAUUGAAGUCGUAAUUGCUUCUCGUUCCUCUUAUCAGCGUUUCAUGAUGUACCAUCAUGUGCUAUCUGUGCAUAGUUACAAAUCGCCAACAUUUUGCGAUUUUUGCGGUGAAAUGUUGUUUGGACUAAUGAAACAAGGCCUGAAAUGUCGAGGUUGUAAAUUGAAUUAUCACAAACGAUGUGCUUCCAAAAUUCCAAAUAACUGUAAUGGCUACAAACAGCAAUUGUCACAAUCUCAUCUUCUGUCACUGGAAGAUUCUACUAAUAAGGUGUCACCAGACAUAUCAAUAACAACUGCAAAUGACAUCAGUUGCUGCAGUCGACCAACUUCUCCAGUUAGUCAAAAUAACUUUUUACAAGUCUCUCUGCAAGAACGCAGCAGUAGCUGGAGCGGUCGAUCUCCUUGGAUGAAAAUGUUCGAAUCUAUAUGGAUUAAGAUACCACACACAUUUCAAGUGCAUUCGUAUAAGCGACCAACAGUAUGUCACUACUGCAAGAGGUUAUUGAAAGGUUUAAUACGACAAGGAUUACAGUGUCGUGAUUGCAAAUAUAAUUGUCAUAGAAAGUGCAUUGAAAUGGUUGAAAAUAAUUGUCACGGUAGUGGUACUAUAACGCAGAACACAGAAUUUGGAAUGCACGAUAAAGAUAAAAGAUUGACAGAAGCACUUCAAAAUUCUGAUAACUCAACGACAACGAUAAAUUCACAUCGUGGUAGGGCUCAAACAAAUCCAAGUGCGCCCCUGCAAGCAACUGAUAUCAAAAAUGAUGAGCAAGAUGUAUCACGCAAGGAUGACAUUCUCACCGAUUCACAGAAUAUUCCGUUGAUGCGAAUUGUCAUGUCAAAGAAGCAAACUAAGCCUUAUAAGGCCAAAGUAUUGCAGGAAGGCUGGAUGAUGCAUUACACCGAUCUUCAAUGCACCCGUAAAAAGCAUUACUGGCGUUUAGAUACAAAAGAAAUCAUUCUUUACAAAGACGAUUCAUCGACGAGGUUUUAUAAAGAAAUUCCGCUAAGUGAAAUAUUGGAUGUGAAGUACACUCCGGAUCAAAGUCUUGAAAGUACAGCUCAUUUUCUGGAGAUUCGAACUCGAAAAUUUGCAUACUACAUGAGUUAG